AUGGCGCCCGUGCUGCGCCGAAGCACCUACCGGCCGCUGACCGUCUGCAUAGAGCAACACCACCUGCCGCUGCCGCGCCGCAGGGCCUUCUCGGCUGUCCACCGCCACCAACUGUGGCAUCUUCGCGGGCCAUGGGCGGAGUCUGGCGCGGGGGCGGGGGGCGAGGUCACCGCCGCUAUCCGUGUCAAGGCGCGCGUGCAGACAGCAGAAGACCUGCCACGCCCUCUGCGUCAGCGCUGCCGCGGCGACCUUUUACCCCGGCGCGAGUCUGUGCUCCAGGGCCGAGAGCACGAGUGGAAACUUUCCCACACUGACGUCGAGGCAAAGUGUUCACAACUCUGGAACCAGCGUGCCACCGGUUUCUAUGAGCUUCAGCUGCGGUGCGAGAGUGAUUCAGGAAGGGACGGGGAGCGGCGGCGCGCGCCCAGCCUGCGCCUCGCCAACGGCCGGCCCAGCGCCGCGCCAGUGGGCAGCGCGCAGUCGGAGGAGGAGCUCAAGGAUGACUCCAUCAAGAUCAGCAUCGAGAACACCAACACGUGCACCGACUCGCUGGUGACGGCCAUCGACGACGAGACGCUGCUCAUCGCCGACUUCCUGUCCAGCUCGCUGUCCAACAUGAACAAGGACCCGGCGGCGAACGCCGGCCCGGGCGCCGCCGCGGGCAAGGUGCACUUCGGGGGCGCCGGCGACGACGUCAGCCUCUACGGGACGCCCAAGGAGGAGCCCGGCCCCAACCCGCUGGCCGCCAGCGAGAAGCAGAGCUUCCUCAAGAACCAGCUGCAGGCCAUCUUCCAGCCCACCGACAACAAGCUCGCCAUGAAGCUCUUCGGCAGCAAGAAGGCGCUCAUGAAGGAGCGCAUCCGCCAGAAAGCCGCCGGACACUGGGUCAUCCACCCCUGUUCCAGCUUCAGCCCACAACAGAACACUCCGAAAGACGGCCACCUACGACAGCUACAAAGUUCACGCAGCUAAAGUAAG